AUGACCUUUCUUUCACAGAUCUCUUCCACUUUGAUAUACGUAUUUUCUUUAUGAGACUGAUAUGCUGUUGUCAAAUAAACAAUUUUUGGAUGAAAUGCGGGUUGCUAAGAUAAGAAUGUUUAGAAGUUCAUUUGGAAAGAGCAAAAUCUUGGGACAAAAAUCAAUUCAAUUCAAUUUUGCUUGCAUUUGGCUGUUCAACAAGGACCGAUGCCUAUUGAAUCUGCAUGUAGGAUGGAGAUGGUUUUUGUUGAAUGUGUUAAUAAAUUGGUAGAGAGCAUAGGUAGUGGUCUUGGAUAAUAUAGAAUCUCAGUUAAGGUAUAAUUAAUUAGAAUGCCUGGCUUCUGAAUAAAGACAAAUGACAUAUUUCAAGUUCUGCUGACUGCACCUGUUGGGUUAAUGACUCAGGCAAGUUUCAUGCAUUGCUGUCUUCAAAAUAGACACUAACCCAAUUAAGAUAGAAUCACCUGUGCAAUAUUAGUCCUUAUUGACACCUUAACCAAUCAAAAAAAUCAUGCCUUUUUCUUUUCUGUGCCCACGAUAAUCUCUUCAUUCAUUAUUUUUAAUCUUAAACUAUAUUUUCUUCAUGAUUAUAUGACUCUAUGCUAUCCAAUGUCUUUAAGAAUAAAUACAGACCGUUGGUGUUUUCCCAAAGGAAACUGUGAUCGGAUUUCAGAAUAUGCAUGCUCUUUUCUCUUUUUGUUCUUGGUAAUGUAUAACUUGUAGAAUGACUAGUUGAUAUUUGCAUCUUAUUUUGGGUAUGAAAGCAGAGACAACAUCCAAGUCCAUGCUGGGUGGUUUAGGCUUUUGAGGUUUCAUAGAUGCAUGCUAUUAGAAAGUAUAAUUAACUGAUAGACAUUUUAGAUAGUAAGAUUGAACCCUGUGUUUUUAGCAUCCAUGAGAAGCAUUUACCUGUGAUUAGCUGGUGAUUUGGUCUGAAUCACAUGUGAUAAAGCAUUUAAAUUUUUCUAUUUGUGUCAAUGAGUUGAGCUUUGUCAAGUGCUUGGGACAUGGGUAACUUGAUGAUGCUCAGUCAUGACUCAUGAUCUUACUGAUGAUACCAAAACUUCCUUUUUUUUUCUCUCUUUCCUGUCAUCACUUGUUCAAUUUGAGCAUUGGCUCAAUUUCUGGGUGCCUGUCUUCUGCUUAAUUUGAUAGUUUGAAGCAACUUCAUUUAUGCUGCAUAUGGCUUGUGAAACUAUAAAUUGAUGAUAUUACUGCAGAUUAAGCUAUAAGAAGAUUACUGUGCACUCUUUGCUAUGAAUCAUGGCUUGUCUUUUGAUUUCUAGUGACCAAAUUUCGUCAGUUUUUCAAGAGUUAUUGUUUAAAAAGCCCAUCUGGUGCUUGAGACUCAACCAAUCAAAGCAAAUUUUUAUCAAGCAUGUAAUACUCUGGAAUCCUUGAGGGUCACUUGCUAGAAAAGCCUUGAGUUUAUCUUUUUUAUGCAACAUUCUACAUGAACACCAUGAGACCAUGGGGGUUUGGUGGUUAUAAUGGGAUAAUCCACUCAAGCUUCAGCAUGGGGCAAUAGAAAGUCCGGUGAUGCAGCCUAUCUUGGCCUGUUGGACCUAGAAACAGGGGCGGAGGUGGGUACCUUGGUGGACUAUGGAAACAACGUUUGAAUAGUAGUUUAGGACUUUAGCUUCUUAAAACUCUGCAGAGAAGAACAGCAUCAUUUUUUUUCCUCCUAUUUUAUUUUUAUUUUCCCUUAUUUAUCCCAUUUUUCCCCUUGUGCUGGCAUAGAUUAUUUUUAUCCAACCUGGCCUUUUAAGAUAUGUACAUAUUUUUGUAUUAUUACCUUGAAGUUUUGAUAAUGCUAAGCUGUAUCUCCGUUAAUAAGUUUAGGGGCUUUUUCUUAACAAGUUGUAUAAUGUACCCCCACCAAUCCAAGUGAAAAUGAUUCAAAGCCUGAAAAAGAUUGCAGCGAUUGAUUCAUGGAGAAUAGCUCUAGCUUUGCUGAAAAGAUGGAGAAGUAAAGAAGAAACCUGUGAAAAAUGUAUUCUCAUUAUUGUCAUUUGAUCUCUUUUAAAGCUAUUUACUGCUCCAAAUUUACUCCACUCACGUUUUAUCUACCAAAUUAAUGCGCUCUUUCUUUCUUUUUGAUGCUAAAACUUGAAUUGAAUUGAACCUCCUAACUCCAUUUUUGGUUCUCUUCUUCCAUGCACAGUUCAUCCAACCCAUGAAAGAUCUCUCCUUUCUCUUGAAGAACUUGGUUGGGGCCAAGAUGAAGAAACGAAUCAGAAAUUUUUACAAUGGUGAUGGCUCGACCUCUACUCUUAACCGACGCCAGGCUGACCCUGGUGGCACUGCUAGAAAAGCAACAUUGGAGGAGAUGAUAUUAAGGUUGGAGUUUGAAGAAGAGCAUGCUAGAGCAAAGCUCCAUGAAUAUAGUGAGAUUCGAGGUGGCAGGAUGUCGUGUGUUAACAAUUCUGAUAUCCUGCGAUCUGCCAGGAAUGCGUUGAAUCAGUACCCUCGCUUUUCUCUCGAUGGAAAAGAUGCCAUGUAUCGAUCAUCCUUUACAAACUCUGAACUUGGAUUGAGAUCAGAAAGAUAUUGCAAUCUUGGGUUGGAAUCGAGAUCAGGGAAACGUUUACGUUUGCCAUCUACUGUGGGUGGGGACAGGGUGAUUUGGUGCAAACCAGGGGUGGUAGCCAAGUUGAUGGGUUUAGAGUCGAUGCCAGUGCCAAUAAGUAGUAGCAGAAGGUUGAUAGUGAACGAAAACUCCGUUCUCUGAUAAAGAGACAAUCUUUGGAGGAGAGCUGAAAGGCAUGAAAUGGAGAGAAGAACUGCCAUGGAAAUGAGCAAUAAUUCCGAUGAUUUCUGGAAAGCAAGGAUGGGUUCCUGUUCAAGGCCAGGGUACUGUGAGAUAAAGCUAGUUGUUAUAGAGCAAGCGAAUGGUGAUGGUCGCUGGCCAACCCGACGUUUUCUUUAGAUACGACGUAAUGUUAUUUUACAUCUGUUAAAUUUUAUGAUCUUAUAUUCAAGUUUGAUCUUUCUAUUUGUUAUUAAUACUUAUUAAAUUAAUGCUUAACAUGAUAUCAGGAACUAUACUAUUGUUCCAUCUGUCAUUCCUGCAUGAUAUCUCUUUCAAAUUUGUCGUUUUUCUGGGAUGUUUAACAUGGCAGAUAACACCCCGACAUUUGUUCACCAUGUCGAAGUUUGUUACCUUGUACGAUAUGUCUGGCAGAAAUGUUUUCUGCAAAGCAAAAUCCCCUUAUUUCAUCUCUAUAUUUUUGGUCGAUUUAUUAUUGAUUUUUGUAUAUCUCCACAAGAAAGUGAUGAGUAUUUCAUGUAUUCUUGUCUUUUGAGCCUCAAAAUCUCUAUAGAUAUAUAAUCUUACCAUCCAACAAUCGAAGUGGCAGAGAUUUUCUAUUAACAUCUCUUGAUUUCAUGAAACAAAUAAAUAAUUAUAAAAUCUAAGCUUAUACCCAAUUCUCAUGGUAGAUUGGUGCAAGAAAUCAGUGAAAAAGAAGGAAGAUCAUUGAGCAAAUUGGACACAAACAAUUGUUUUCUUCA